AUGCUUAAUUUACCUUCACAACAAAGUCAAGCAUUUGAUGCGAAUGGAUCAAAUAAUAGCAACACAAAAAAACAGUCUUUUGGUCGUCUUCGUAUUAUGAAAGAUUUCUCUGAAUUAGCAACAUUACCUUCGACAUGUGAAAUGACACAACCAGAUAUAAGUGAUUUUUCUCAUUUUACAGUAACAAUUUCACCUGAUGAUGGAUUUUAUAAAGGUGGCCGCUUUAUAUUUUCAAUUGUAAUUCCACCUGAUUAUCCAUAUGAACCACCUAAAAUAAAAUGUACACAAACAAUUUAUCAUCCAAAUAUUAAUCUCAAUGGAAGUGUUUGUUUAAACAUUCUAAGAGAAGAUUGGAAACCUAUAUUAACUCUAGUAACAGCUGUUCUUGGAUUGGUUUUUCUUUUUUUGGAACCAAAUCCCGAUGAUCCAUUGAAUCAUGAAGCUGCUACAGUCUUUAAAGCAGAUCUAAAUACAUUUAAAGCAAAUGUUAAUAAAACAAUGGCUGGUGGAAUAUUGAACAAUAUUCAAUAUAAUAAUGUACUUAUUUCAUAA